AUGACCACUGAGAAGAAGCCUCCAGUUUAUGAUCCUUACGACCCGGCCUGUCUCCCUGACUAUGAUCGCGACUUCAUUAAGCCCGAUGAACUCGACCGUUUCGAGCGGGCACUAAAUGCCCCAGAAGCUUCCCCAUUGAUCGCGAUCAACGACUGGCGCCCGAUUAGACAGAAAGUGCGCAAACAGCGUGGCCGUCGCAAAACACCCAAGCGAAGCACGGAUGAAACGAGAGAAGGGGUGGUAUAUUCCAUUUUGAAAUGGCCGUUCCUCUUGAUCGUCUUUGCAUGGAUCAUCGUACUCAGCUUCGGCUAUGUGCUGGUACGCGUCUAUAUCUUACUCUAUGAGCAGUGGGUUACAUGGCGCGGGAAAAGGGAAAGGCUACGUCGUGAGCUACGUGCGCAGACGAACUACCCGGAUUGGUUGAAAGCCGCUCAAGCACUGGACAAUCACCUCGGAACGGAAGAGUGGAAAAAGACCGACGAAUAUGCCUACUACGAUCACCUCACUAUCAACAAAGUGGUAUCACAGCUGAAACAAGUGAGGAAAGAGGCAGAACGGGAAAUAGAAGAUGGUCGCAUCGGUUCCAGUGAAAUACCUGCCAUUGAGGACCUCCGGGCGCUCCUGGAGGCCUGUGUCAAGAACAACUUCGCUGGCGUGGAAAACCCUCGAGUAUACAGCGAGACUUACUCGGGAACCAAGGAGCUGGUUCAAGAGUAUAUCGACGAGGUGCAUGCAUGCGUGCAGCUCGUUUUGAACAAUAAGCAGAUCGAUCAGGAUACCAAGUAUCAAUUCUUCAAACACCUCGAUACAAAUUUCGGACGCACCGCUCUCUGUCUGUCGGGCGGAGCUACAUUCGCUUACUACCACUUUGGUGUUGUAAAGGCGCUGCUGGAUAAUGAUGUUCUACCGGAAAUUAUCACUGGCACGUCAGGCGGAGCACUAGUGGCAGGAUUGGUAGCGACUCGAACAGAUGAGGAGCUGAAACUGCUGCUGGUUCCCGCGUUGGCGCAUCGGAUUCGUGCAUGCCACGAGGGGCUAGCGACCUGGGCAAACCGUUGGUGGCGAACCGGUGCGCGGUUCGAUACUUUGGAUUGGGCUCGGCAGUGCGCCUGGUUCUGUAGAGGCUCAACAACCUUUCGGGAAGCUUACGAGCGGACCGGGCGCAUCUUGAAUGUCAGCUGCGUGCCCUCGGAUCCUCAUUCACCUACCAUCCUAGCCAAUUAUCUAACAUCCCCCGAUUGCGUCAUAUGGAGUGCAGUGCUUGCUUCCGCGGCUGUCCCAGGGAUCUUGAACCCUGUCGUGUUGAUGUCCAAGAAGCGCGAUGGGACUCUCGCGCCUUAUUCAUUUGGACACAAAUGGAAGGAUGGUAGCCUGCGAACCGACAUACCCAUUAAAGCUUUGAAUCUGCAUUUCAAUGUGCAUUUCACGAUCGUGUCUCAAGUCAAUCCCCACAUCAAUCUGUUCUUCUUUAGCUCCAGAGGCACUGUAGGGGGGCCAGUCACACACCGCAAGGGUCGCGGUUGGCGCGGUGGCUUCCUCGGCUCUGCAAUCGAACAGUACAUCAAGCUUGACCUGAACAAAUGGCUCCGAGUACUCCGGCAUUUGGAGCUCCUUCCACGACCCAUGGGCCAAGACUGGAGCGAGAUCUGGUUGCAAAAGUUCAGUGGCACCGUUACUAUUUGGCCCAAGAGCAUUCCCUCUGAUUUCAUCCACAUUCUUUCGGACCCGACCCCUGAAAGACUCGCCCGCAUGCUACAUGUUGGCCAGCAGAGCGCCUUUUCUAAAAUCCAGUUUAUUCAGAACCGGCUCAAGAUCGAGGGGGCAAUCAUGAACGGCCUUCAAAAAUCCCGUACGGGUGGGCGUGCACUAUCGCCAAUCCUUUCUCGUCGACUCAACAACCGAGAAAAUGAGCAGGCAGAUGCUUUGAUUGAGCGCUUAGAUGAGAAUCUUCCCGAACGUGACGGGCCUAGCGACCAGGACGAAUCGCGCUUCCUCGACUCGUCGGAUGGCAUGUCCCAGUCAGCCAGCUCAUCACGCCCCCGCACCCCGAGUACCCGGCGUGGAAGCGUGAUUGAGGAGAUGCGUCGGCAAGCUGCGGUCUUCUUUGAUGAUGCUGGUUAUUACCGAAAUGACGAUGCUGAUGACUACCGAGACGAAGAUGCCGUGGUCAUCUGA